UUGUUCGUGUUUGUUUUCAUUCCGCGUUGCAAAGUUCUACAAACUAGUUUAGUAACAACGACAUCGAUGGUAGUGACGUUGUGAUGAAUGAGGGUGGUGCGAACAGAUUCAAACUCUAGGCGAAGCUUCAUCAAGAAUUGCAUGAGACGGGAGCGAGCCCAUUCAGUCACGAGUCACGACUUCAACUGAGGUAGUACUCAGUCGAGAGUAGCAAUUAAGAGGUCGCAUUCUGUUCAGAUGGAUGCAAUUAAUUCGAGAGUACCCUUCCAUUAAUUCGCCUCCCACCGAAACACGUACGGUACAACGCUGCGCAAAUGGCCUCCAAGCUGAUGCUAUUCCAGAAAUCUUCCCACGGCCGGCUGCUGCAUCUCAAUAUUGGACCUCAGCUGAUGAAUGCAGCGGCAGCGGCAGGCGGCAAUGGCAGCACGAACAUCGCUCAGCAGUCCCAAAACCACCAAUCCUGCCUGCAGCAGGUCGAUAAUCGUCAGAGCUGGAAGCUGCCGCUAUUGGCUCGAAGGUGGAAGAAGCCGAGCCGCGAGGACUAUGAGUUAGGUUUUGAUCAUGGUUAUUUUGUAUCCGACGACGAGCUUGAGUACCACGAUCGAAUAUGACGAAGAUAUCAAGGCGGUGCUGAGGGAUCCUGAGCUCAAUAUCAUGAACAAGAAGAGUUGGCUGAGCUAAGUCUGAAAUUGGCGAGAGGUAUCCACUUGAGCAUGAGUAGUAGGGAUGUGAGCCUACAUAUCGGCCGCACUGACAUUACUAAAUCGAUGAAGGGUGAGUGCUGUUGGAGGAUUAAUAGACGCGGUAAGCUGAGAAAUAACUGGCGCAUUUCCAGCACCCUGGCUAGUCUUCAAUGAUCUUGAAAUCAGAGGUCUCGAUCGGUGGGGUUCGAAGAAGAACCAGUAAGGAUAGGAAGCAGUUGCGCUACAACAAAAAUUAUUUAUUUUG